ACACAACUUUGUCUUUCUUUACUUCUCUGCCGUGCAGUGCAUUGCUGAAAGCAAAAGCUCAUUUAAUUCUACAUCAAACACUUGGAGAAAUACCAUUACACUAUUUUAUCUUUUCUUCUUUUUUCUCUUCUCUUCUCUUCUACGAAAGAUUUAAAUAAAAAGAAAUCGAGAUUCAUCGAGAGUGGAGUAGUAAGUAUUAUUUUAUACAUACCUCAAAUUACUUGAAAAAUCUGUUGCACCAAUUCCAAAAUCCUUUAUGCUGUGGGCUUACUUUAACUAACCAGUCCUUAACCCACCCACUAAUUUCUUCUUAUUAUAAUAGUAUAAAAUAUUGAGACGCCAUUCUUUUCGAUCAGUCAACUUUUUCUUGGAGUAUAUUCUACACCAGUCAAUCAAUAUUCCUAGCUCUAAAAAUUUCUCACCAACCAAUUUUACUAUGUCAAGUAUGUUGGGUUCACAAGGCUUCGUAUUGGCGACAGCCAUGGCGGUCUCUGCCGGCACCGUGAUUUUACUCGAUCUUUUCCGGGUCAAGUACUUCCAUCUUUCCGAUCAACAACAUGAUCAUAAGCAGAUUCUCAAGUCCUGUUUAUCUUCAGCUGGGAAGAACAAGGACAAAACAAGAAAGAAAAACAAGAAAGUUCAAUUUGCAGCUGAUGUGAAAAUUUCGAGCGGAAAUGGCGAGGAGUACAGAAGAAAACAAAUGAGGAAAUUCACAGAAAGUCGAAUUAAAUCUUGUGGGAAUGAGAUUGUGGGGAUUCCAGGAAAUAGGAUGGCUUUGUACACUGGGAUUCUCAAGGAUCGGGUUCAAAGAAUGGGAUUCUCCCAUUGAUCAAUUUGUAUUUUCGUUUUGGUUAAUUCCUCUUCAUCUUCUUGCAAAACAAAAACAGAGGAAUUAGGGCAAAGAAACUUUAAAGGCCUUACUGUAAUUUGUAAAUAAUUGUGUGUGAACAUAUUUUCUGUAAAUGGUUUUCUUUACAUGAAAUUAGGAACUCCUUUAGUAGUAUAUUUUUCUGGAAUCUUCAGUUAAUGGGUA